CGUCGUUUGUUCGUUCGUUCGUGCUUCUCUGCGUGCUUCUCUCGUUGCCCGAUCUCGCCGGGCCCUCCCUUGGUCUCCUUCCUUGGCUCCUCUCGUCGUCCUCUCUUGGCCCCGUGGCCCUCCAGGCUCGUCUUCGCCGCCCCAGCCUCUCCGCUUCUUUCUCCGGUUCUGUGGAAACCUCGGCCUCAUUUGAAAUCCCCUUGGCCUGCGGCCAAAUCCACCAAGUUGCCACUUUGCUUCUGCACCCACAAAUCAUCCUCAUCUAUCUCAUCGAUCCCAUAUAAUCCCGUCUCUGUGCCUGCCUGCCUGUGCCAGCUCUUGAAUGUCUUCCUCAAACUCACCCUUCUUCUGGAGAUGGGGUCGGAGAUCGUCGCAUAACAUACAGCCAAGCGAGAGCCCUUCUUUGACCUGCCCUCCCGCCAGCGAUGCACCGUCAGCACCCUCCCAGAACGCAGCGUCCGAACGAUCCCCCGAAGUGCCAUUGCAGCAUCCCAACCGUCCUCUGCGUCUGGACACCUCAAGUGCAAGCGAGCACGGGAAUCUAGCAAGCCCACCAAUGCAUGGAUCGCCCUCAAGAUCCUCAACAGCCUCCACGCCAUCGACUCCAUCCGGGGGCCUCCUCCAGUCCGUCAGGACAAUCUUCCGCCGUCUUGUCCCGCGACACCACUCUUCCGAGACCAACGAACCUCAUUCCUUGCCCCACAACACAGUCGAGUCGCCUAUGAGCCCAGCUUUGCCUCUUCACAAGCCCGAUGCUUUGACUCACGCAUCCGAGACCCCCACCUUGAUCGACGCCGACUCUCUGCCCCCAAAUACGCUUGCGCCGGCGUCUCGUCACGCCGCCAUGGCAUCAUCAAGUGGCUCCCAGUCAACUUGGAUCCAGCAGAGCCUGCCCACUCCUGCCAACACCACUCCUGUCCGUAUUGAAACUCCCUUGUUGUCGACUCGAGUUCCUCCUACGCCCGUCGAGAGCACACCGCCAGCAACAUCAAACGCAGCCUUGGAGGAUCACAUGGAUGUCGAUCCUUGCGCUGGGUCGGCUCCGGAUACCACCAUGAUCGUCGCUUCGCCUUCCGCCAGUCCGUUUCACGAGUCUGGACCCCCACCGAUCCCCAUCCCCUCAGACCCGGCUGGGUCGAGCGCCUCGGAAGCGGACCCAGUGCGAGUUGCUCGGUCUUUCGAAGAAACCGAGCACGUUGUUGAUGUAUCUGCAACAUCCUCAGAUCGCCCCCUCGAAACAAUUCUACCAACUCCGACAGAAUCAGCCCAUGUUGAGCGGCUCUCGGGAUCAUCUUCAGACACUGCCCGUCACUCGAACCGAUACUCGCUCGUCCCACAGUCGCCUAUUCGGGUGCCUUCCGAAGCUCCCUCCAGUCCUUCCGCAGCCUUGCUUCCAGCAUUCACAAACCAAGUCCCACCUUCCUUUACCAAUGCAUCACCCACACUGUCUAUGGAGCCUGUGAACGCAUCCGCACCGCUGUCGGCCCCGCCUCGACUGAGCCGCGCCUCGGCGCCCUCGCCGCAACCAUCCCAGCUAUCCGACAUGCCAUUGGAGUCCCCCGUCGAGCCGGCUCCUCUUCCAUACAGCUCGGUGUUUCCCUCUGGUCCCACCGACCCGCUGCUAUCCGCAACCACUCUUUCGGAUGCGACCCAGACAAGUGCCCAGGCACCGACCACGUCUUCUGUUGCAUCAGAUCGCUCAUCAGGAUCGCAUCUGCCCCCCGGUGCGUCUCUUGGUGCCUUGCUGCGUGCUCUGAUUGAAGCACAGCAGGGCCGCAUCGGUGGUCAUCCUGCCACCUCGGGAUCCGAGCGAGCACCGACGCCAUCCAGCAUGAACUCAUCACAGGGUCUCGAGAGCCCAGCCUCAGAAAACAGCGCCGACCCUGGAAUGGGCUACGCCUUCACAAUCGUCUUGGUCUCAGAUCGUCCCCCAACCGCAAUGAACGAGACAGAUUCUCAGGAGCCGUCCGACCCGCUCCACAACCUGAUGAACGCAUCUCCCAGUCAGCCCCUCGAUGCCACCGAAGCUGGCCCAAACGCUGGACUUCCGCCUUUGCCGUUCUUGUUCCCGUUUUUGGCCCGUCCGGCCCCCGGUAGCCCAGCUGCAGGGCCUCAAACCCAGUCCCAGUCAUCGGCGCCACCAGGUGCUGCAAGACCUCCGACUCCAGCCCCGCAACCAUCUGGCGGCUCGGAGGACCCUCGUUCCGAACGGCCCGAGCGACAAAACGAGUCCGACGAGGCCUCCCAGAGACGACGCAAUCAACUGGCGGCAAUGGCCAUGAUGGCUAUGUUUGGCCAGUUUCUUGGUGCCAUCCGCCCACCUACGCCUUUGGGUGACGAGAACGGUGCAGUGGAUGGCUACGAGGCGUUGCUGAGGCUUGGGGAGCUGAUCGGGCCCGCCCGUGCCCGUAACGCCCAGCGUGAAGAUGUUGAUGAGCAGCUUACUGUUUUCAAGUACCGCAAGAAUCCCGUGGGGGGAGACAAGACCGCUAUCGACGCUGUGAGCCCGAUCGAGAUCACCGCGAACGCCAUGCAACUGGACUCGUCCGUCGUCGUCUCGGAAUCGGCCGAAAUCAAAGGCGUGGAGCGAGAUGGCAGUAGCGCCGGCAGCAGCACUGGAACCAAGCCCGAGCCCAGUGCCACAGAUUUGCUCGCUUCGACCCUGGACAAGUGCACGAUUUGUCUGUGUCCUUACGAGGAAGGUGACGAGCUCCGUGUGAUGAAGUGCAAGCACGGCUUCCACAAGGACUGUAUCGACCACUGGCUGACGUCGUAUGUCAACAGCUGUCCGAUCUGUCGCAGUGCUGGUGUCGAGCCACGCCCCCAUCAAGACCCCCAGGAUGCCUCCGAUUCCAAUAGGAGGCCGCCACACCCCUCUGCCUCGACCGGACCUCAUAUGCACGACGAUCGCCCGGGUGCAGCGGCUGGCCAAGGCGAGCCUGGCGGUGCCGCUCGCCCGAUCCGUCCAACGCUGGUGGCCAUCAUACGAACCCGCCCACCCUUUCCCAUGCCGCCGCCUUCACAAUCCUCAAACGCAGGGCCGACUCGGUCGGGCGCCUCUACAAACGACUCUGGGGCGACAGGCGGUGCCCGUCAGGACGGCGACAACGACGAGCGUCCGGCAUUUUCUCUGCUUGAUCUGCUGCGACCGCGACCGCCACCGUCACCGUCAACGUCACGAACUCCAGAUGGCGCUGCCCAACAAAGCUCGUCGGCUCGCCUCGGCUCGUGGAGGGCAAACCCAUCCAGCGACGGCGCCGACAACCAGUCUGCCCCUCCACAGAGCCGCCGACGCUCCAACUCGAUCGGUGCACUCUUGAACCGGGGCACCCCAUCCGACUCAAGGCCGCUGUCGUCGCUCUUUCCCUUGCCUCCUUUCGGCGCCUAUGGCGGCCCACCAGCGACCAGCGCAGCUCCAGCUUCUCGACCUCGUCUCCCGUCCGAUGGGGACUCGCCCAACAUUUCCCAGGCGCUUGGCGAGCUGCUUGACCAGCAUCUCGAGGAAGCCAUGGGCCUGGCUCGCAGCCGUCUCCGCUCGUCUGCUUCUCGAAGCCAAGCUAACUCAGAAACUGGACCGUCCUCCCAGCGACCAGAGUCUCGAGGAUCGACCAGCGAAAGCGAAUCGGACAGACGCUCAUACCGAAGACACCCUGCCCGAUACGAUCGAGAGUACACCUUUGACAGCGAUGAGGAGGACUGGUUUGGGCUUCACGGAGGCACUGAUAUCCUGCUAGGACCUUCCCAGGGCUUCGCCUUCUCUGGUCAUGAGCAGCCGCAACCGCAGCCCGCCAACGACGACAAUGACGCCCAGCUGCCCGCGGACAGCCGCAGACUCGAUAACGUAGAUCUCGGGUCAUCAAAUCCCGAUUUUGCUCGGUCAGCCUCGAACUCGGUCUUGAUUCGGCGCCGUGGUGAUGAUGAUGAGGAUGGCGACAACGACCAGGAUGGCACUGACU